AUGGAUCUCAACAACAACGUCAUCAAAAUCCUAGCUCGAUGGUGUCUUCUUCUGCAAGCCAUCAUGAUCUCUUCCAAAACCUUGGCGCUCACGGAACCAGACUACGUGAACAUGAGCAUAACAAUUCGAAACGAAAUGACCGGACUUAAGCGCCCCGAAAUCGUCUAUCGAUGCCAAUCUAAACGCAAAGACUACGGCUGGCAUCGAUCUCCAAAGCCAGGAUUCCAGUUCUCAUUCCCAAUCAUCCUCAUAAAAGGCGAAAGCAAGAUACCGGCGAUCCACGUCUGCUUUUUCCGAUCCGCCUUAGGAUCAGCCACGCUCGUGGUUGAAAACACAUAUCUUGACGCCGAGAUGUGCCCUAAAUCUUCAUGCGCCCACGUAGCAACACCCAAAGGGAUCAUGUUUAGAGGCCUUGAAUGGGAUUUCAAAACCGUAUUUCCAACACUCAAACCGGUCGAGUAUCUAGAAUUGCCAUGGACACCUUGGCCACACGUAACAUGA